GUCUAUCACUCAUUAUGCUCGUCAACUGAUCUGGACAAAAGAUCGUAUUUUUAAUCAGUUUGUGAGCUGCCGCUGUUGGACCACCAAAUACCAACUGGGUAUCUGCCUGCACAGUGAAUCAAAUUUCGAUGCUUUUCCGAUUCGCAGGAGGAGACCAAAAGCUUGUUUUGAUCACGGAGAAAUGGCGGAUCAACGGCUUCUCCGUCGUCUGAUGUGGUGGACCAUCGCCGCCUCCGCCGCCGUUUUCGCCAUCUCCAUCGUCUCUAUCUCUCUCAUCUCCUAUUCUCUCACCAAACCAUCCCACCACCCCACCACGCAACCCACCCCUUGGGUCCCGUUGACCUUAUUAAGCAAUGCCCACCCCAGAGGCCCCCUUUGCUUGGAUGGGAGUUUGCCUGGAUACCAUUUCCAAAAGGGUUUUGGAUCUGGCUCUCACAACUGGGUUCUUCACAUUGAGGGUGGAGGUUGGUGUGAUUCAAUUGAAUCGUGUUCUUCUCGGAUGAGAACUGCAUUAGGUUCAUCAAAGUACAUGGGUAGUCAAGUUGAAUUUGCGGGAAUUUUGAGCCCUGAAUCGUCGCAAAAUCCUGAUUUCUUCAACUGGAACAAAGUCAAGAUAAGAUAUUGUGAUGGUGGAUCUUUUGCAGGUCACCCUGAAAGUGAGUUUAAGAAUGGAACAAAACUAUUCUUCAGGGGUCAGCUUAUCUGGGAAGCACUUAUGGAUGAACUCUUGUCAAUUGGAUUGUCUAAUGCCAGACAGGCUCUUCUUUCAGGCUGUUCUGCUGGAGGGUUGGCCACUCUGAUACACUGUGAUGACUUCCAUGAAAUUUUGCCAAAAACUGCCACUGUCAAAUGUCUUGCCGACGCAGGCUUCUUCCUUAAUGAGAAAGAUAUUGGUGGAAAUCGCACCAUUGAAUCUUUCUAUCAAGAUGUUGUUAACCUCCAGGGUAUAGCCAAAAGUUUGGACAAGGAUUGUAUUGCGAGGAUGGAACCGGGCCAGCAGGCUAAGUGUUUCUUUCCUCAAGAGUUUAUUGAAAACAUAAAGACGUCGAUUUUCCUUGUCCACCCAGCUUAUGAUUUUUGGCAGAUUAAAAACAUCUUCAUACCGGAUUCAUCUGAUCCUCGUGGGAGCUGGUUAAGCUGCAAGCUGAAUAUUAAUAAUUGUAGUCCAAGCCAGAUUGAAGUUCUAGAAGGUUAUCGUAAUUCACUGCUGAAGCUACUUAGUGAUUUCCAGCAAAACAAGGAUGUGGGAGUGUUUAUAGAUUCAUGCUUUGUUCACUGCCAGACAUGGGUGAGUGUGACGUGGCAUUCUCGAAAUUCUCCAAGAAUUAACAAUAGGACAAUUGCGGAGUCUGUUGGUGACUGGUACUUCAACAGAAAAGUUGCGAAACACAUUGACUGCCCGUACCCCUGCAACCCAACGUGUUAUAAUAUGGACUUCACUGUGCGAGGUUGACGAUGCUGAGUUAUUCUUCGGUUCUGGUUAUUCAAUAUACUCAACUCUCCUAGUUAUAGUGAUCUAUAUUGCUCAUGUGAAAUCAUCUCUCUUCCGGCAAACUGCGAUUUCGAGAUAAAAGGUGCAGAAAGGAAAUUGUUGUUCAGUCCAUACCUUCACUUGCAUGAGAUGGAGAAACUUCAUGGAAUAGAAAGUUUGUUGUAACAUUCACAGCUUUAUUGCAUCUUGUUAUGCUUUUGGGCUUUAUAUAUUAACUUGGUUGUGCAUUGGGAUUUUUUUUGUACCCUUGCCUUCAUAGAUCUUUAAGUAUAGCCAAGAGAUGGUUGAAAUUUUCUUUUUUAAACAGCAAUAGAUGGUUGAAAUGGCUGCAGUUA